AUGGUCAAACCAAAAUGUGAUUCUACUGGUUUAGUUAUUAAAACAGGUGGUAUCCGUUUUCAGAAGACAAAGGGUCAACAUAUACUGAAAAAUCCCCUCGUUAUUACCACAAUGGUGGAAAAGUCUGGUAUCAAGUCCACAGACUCCUUACUUGAAAUUGGUUCUGGAACUGGUAACCUCACUGUCAAGUUGUUAGAAAAGGGAAGGAAAGUGUACGCAUUCGAAAUAGAUCCAAGAAUGGUUUCGGAAUUGCAAAAACGUGUGCAAACCUCACCACAUCGAACCAAACUAGAAAUUCUCGUUGGCGAUGCAAUCAAAGCAAAAUCAUGGCCCAAGUUCGAUCUCUGUGUGGCAAACCUGCCAUAUAAAAUCUCCUCGCCAUUCAUCCAAAGACUGAUUAGCGCAGGUCGUGGUUUUAGAGCAGCAGUUGUUAUGCUCCAGAAAGAAUUCGCUGAUCGUCUUACGGCUAAACCUGGAGAUAAAUUAUACUGUCGUCUGUCAGCAUCUGCUCAGUUCCACUUCAAAAUUGAACAGUUGAUGAAGAUCAAUAGAAACAGUUUUCGUCCCCCACCGCGUGUUGAUUCAGCUGUUGUUCGGAUUGAGCCCAGGCAUCCAUUACCACCUGUGAUGCAUUCAGAAUGGGAUGGAUUACUGCGUCUUGUGUUUGCUCGCAAAAACAAAACGAUCGGAGCUAACUUUAGCGGCAAGUCAAUAGCUGCACAUUUACGUAAGAUUUAUAUGGAGACUUGUUGCACAAAAGGAUUGUCACCAACUCCAGAGGUUAUUGCCUGCGAGUCUACUGGUGUUUCAGCAAUGGAGGAGAAAAUAACAAAUAUACUUCGAGAUUCAGGUUUCGAGAAAAAGCGCGCCCGUACUUUGGACGAAGAUGACUUUCUUAGAUUAUUAUUAGCCUUUAAAAAAGAAAAUAUAAAUUUUGGUUGAUUUUUCUGUCAUGUUCUUAUUUUGUAAAGAAUUGAGAACGCAUGAUACAUUGUACAUAGUCGAGUAUAUCUCGGCCGUAAGAAUAUUAUGCUAAAGUAUGACAAAAAACCCUCACGAUCUUUUCUAUGAUUUACGAAGAUUAUUUCCAUUUCGGUUCUCAUGACUAAAUGAUGGAGACUUCAUUAGAAUGUGAAAUAAAUUUAUCUUAGAAUGCCCUUUUAAAUAACAUUUACAAGUCCAAACUCGUAAUAAUAUCAUGCAGAUAUCUUUUUGAUUGAUCUAUUCUCUAUUCGUACAUCAAAUCCAGUUUCAGCAGCUACAUGUGUUUGGCGUUUUAAAGGCUGAUAUAAGAGCUGUGAAGAAAUAUCUUCGAAGUCGCUCAAACGGAAAUCAAGUGGUGGAAAGUAAGAAAUACACAUCGCAGCCCAUCAGUUUCCACAGCAGUAUUCGGUUAAUCAUUAUACAACCAACUACCAUCUAGGAUCCAAUCAAUAACAGCUUUGCUGUUAGACUUUAUGUUACCCCACCGCUCGAGAAAAAUCCCAGCACUCUGAAGUUAAAGUCAAGUAAU